AUGGAUGGCAAGUAUGCCAACAAGAGCUAUCCUGUGAACGAUCUAAAGGGCAUCUUCGCGCCUUGGGAUUGUGAAGUCACAAAGUUGCCAACUGGCCGCUCUGCCCGUGACUUGAUAGACUCUGAUGUUCCUCCAUUCACCUAUGAUGACCUACCAGAGAUCAAGGCCAAAGUGAAGGCAUCCAUUCAAAAGCGACAUGGUAUCUCCAACAACCUUGUUCAGGAUUGUGUCCAGGAGCGUUUGGCCAUCCUAGCUGUGAGGAAUGACUUGUUUCAUACACCUAUGACAAGCAAUCUUGAUGUUGUUGAUAUUGCAAACAGGAUCCGAUCGAUGAUGACAAAGCUACCACCGACUACACACUUUGAGAACUCUAUUGCUCCACUACCAACAAUGUCAAACACAAGCAACCACAAUAGUAACAACGAUGAAGGUCUACUAUUAGAGGAAAUGGAGAUUGACACAUCAGACAGCGAGCAUGGUGUCAACAACACCAGCAACACCAGCAGCAGCAGCAGUACUACUACAACAACGACAACCACUACAACGACCACGACCAGCACCUCAACUACCAGCUCCAACAACAAUGCAUAUCUAUAUGUGAUCAUGACCACUGGAAGUCAUCACUCUGUACUGAUUGGCCACCAACAAGCAAGGUGUCUGAUUCACUUGGACUCUUUGAACAUGCAUAAGUCCAUUGCACAAUCCAUCACCAACAAGUACAACGAGUCGGUUACAGAUGAUAGGUUCGUGCUGUACUCCAACACUGGCACAAUCCAACAAGAUGUAUGGAGUUGUGGUCUUUGGUCAAUCUUCUUUGUUGGAUAUGUUAUCAAGAGGUGGAAAUGCUUCCGAGGAAGGCAGUGUACACAACAAGUUCGUGGCAUUAUCAAGAAACUGGAGUCAAAGAAGCCUGAGCAUGUCAUUGAUUCUGUGCUCGACAGUUACUUGGCAUCGUUCCUUGACAACCAUCACACUACUGGAGGCAUCUAUGACAUUACAAACGUGGACGAGACCACUCCAAUAAUGACAUCAAAGAAGAGAAAGGCGAUGGGAUGCACUGCUAUACCAGAUACAUCGACAAAGAAGAGUCGUACGACAACCACGACAACAACAACUACUACACAAACAAAGAAACCAACAAGGUUGUCACUACUUCUCAACAACACCAGCAACAACAAUAACAAGCAGCGAGUAGCGACAGACAAGGGCAAGAUGACAGCCACCCAGAGUAAGGCGACACAAACAACAACAACAACUACUACAAAGAACAGUGCUAAUAAACAUUGA